CGGACGCCCAGGGCGGAAGUGGAGGAGCGGCCGGAAGUAGUCCGAAUCCCAGUCAGACUGACCGGCUGGCGGCUUUGACAGGAGCGGGAGCUGCGGAAAGAAGUUGGUGGCAAUGGAGUUGGGCGAGCUGCUUUAUAACAAGUCGGAGUACAUCGAGACGGCAUCUGGAAACAAAGUUAGUCGCCAGUCUGUGUUGUGUGGAAGUCAGAACAUCGUUCUCAAUGGCAAGACCAUUGUGAUGAACGACUGUAUUAUCCGAGGGGAUCUGGCAAAUGUGAGAGUUGGACGUCAUUGCGUUGUGAAAAGCCGGAGUGUCAUAAGGCCACCUUUCAAGAAAUUCAGCAAAGGUGUUGCAUUUUUUCCUUUACAUAUCGGGGACCAUGUCUUUAUUGAGGAAGAUUGUGUGGUCAACGCAGCUCAGAUUGGCUCUUACGUUCACGUUGGCAAGAACUGUGUGAUUGGGCGCCGGUGUGUAUUGAAAGAUUGCUGCAAAAUUCUUGACAACACAGUUUUACCCCCAGAAACUGUGGUGCCGCCAUUCACUGUCUUCUCCGGCUGCCCAGGGGAGACAACAUGAAAAGAGAAGCAAUUUCUGGAUGGAAACGCACAUUUGGAAUUUGAAAAAGCAGUUGCACUGCCAGUGAGCCCUAGGUGAAAUGUCCAACGCCUAGAGGCUGAUGCCAGGCCAGCAUGAUGUACAUGGUUUUGAGUGGGUCAGACUGACAACAUGAAAAGGAAGCCUUGCUUGUCACUUGGACUUGGACCAUGGCUGUCUGGUACUGCAGUAUGACUUUCUGCAAGAAGCCAAAGAAAAGCAGCUGGCUCUCUUGGAAUCCCAGAUUCACUAAUUGUAAAAGUCUGCAUGUGACUAAGCUGAAAACUGGCCUCUGUGAGCUGUUUCAGCCCCAGCAGGAGCUGUGCUGACCUGGAAGCAGACACAGGCUCCAUGAAUAGGACUCAGACCCUGGGACUGUUGAAGGUUUAGGACCCCUUCUGUAGAGCUCUCAUUAUGAAGACCUACAUCGUGGAUGCUGGCCGGACCGCCGGGCCACAUACACAUGCCCACAGGAGAAGGCUUAUUCUCUGAUGGGACCAUCUACAAUCAAGCUGCUGGUCAGCUCUUUGUCGCCAAUGCGGAGGCUACCUGCAUCCUGAUUUGUGAUCCCUGCCAAUGUUGGGGGAGGGCACAUCACAGGGACUGUGACCCCUCCACCUGCUGUUGAAGAUCAGACUCUGGGCCUUCCUGGCAAGGAUGUCUCACUGGUAUUGACUUGUGUUCGGCUUUCUAGACUAGUUGCAGCUUAACCACAGUGGGCUGAUAGCCUGAUUCUAUUUCCUUACUGCACCCUCCCACCCCCAUACACACCUAGUAAGGUAGGUUCAUUAUUUGAAUAUAGUUGUCUCAAGAGGGAUUGAUCUAGGCUGUUCACUGAAUAAAAGGAAUGGGAGAUGAUGUACACCCAUUUGGAAACUUUUGAAAAUUCAAGCUUUCAUCCUCCACUAGUCUGCCAGGGCUCCCAGAACAAAAUGCCUCAGACUGGGGGGCUUAAAUUAGAGAAAUAUGUGCUCUCACAGUUCUAGAGGCCUGCAGUCCUAGACCAAGGUAUUGGUGGGUUUGACUUCUCUCAAGCCCUCUCUCUUGGCUUAUAGAUUCUCACCGUGUCCUGACAUAGUCGCCCCUCUGUGCUGUCUGUAUCCUGAUCUUCUCUUCUUCUAAGGACACCAGUCAGUUUGGAUGAGGGCCUACCCUAGUGAUUCUAUUUUAAUUCAAUCAGCUCUUUUUUUUUUUUUUUCAACUUUUAUUUACUUUUGGGACAGAGAGAGAGAGAGCAUGAACGGGGGAGGGGCAGAGAGAGAGGGAGACACAGAAUCGGAAGCAGGCUCCAGGCUCCGAGCCAUCAGCCCAGAGCCUGACGCGGGGCUCGAACUCACAGACUGCGAGAUCGUGACCUGGCUGAAGUCGGACACUUAACCGACUGCACCACCCAGGUGCCCCUCAAUCAGCUCUUUGAAAGUCCUGUCUCCCAAUAGAGUCACAAUUCAGAGGUACUGGGGGUUAAGGCUUCAACAUAGGAAUGGCAGAGGGGACACAAUUCAACCCCUGUAACACAUCCUGACCAAUGCCUGAAUUUGUCUUUCUGGUUAAGUUAGAUAAAAAUGUUUAUCUGCAAAAAUGUAUUUGUGUCUCUUGUAUACAGCCUUUGCAGAUAAAAAGCCUGGAGGAGACUAAGAGGGGAUUGGAAGAAUGUUGUUGGGUUGCUGAACAGCGGGGCCUACAGAUUUUGUAGCAAUGAAAAGGCAAAGUCCUGGCACCUUGGAGAGCCUGGGGAAAAUGGUGGGGGGCAUCUAUAAUCUUGGAAGCUUUUCCCUCUUCCUCACGGAAAGCUCCAGUGCUACCUUUCCAUGCUCUGGAGUGCUUUGAGUUCAGACCGCUGAGCCUGUGAUCACACCAGGCAGCCCUGGCUCUGACAACAGAGGGGGCCAGGGCCCUGCACUUCCACACAGAAUGCACACUCAUGAGAUGGGGACACUUGUAUCACAGACAAAUAGAAUUGUUUGGAACUGACUGCCUUCACGCAGCUCUUCCAAUACCAAGGGCUGGCUGGAUCUUCCAGACUGGACUGGAAGCCCUAGGGUGGGAGAACCGUGGUAAGAGGCUUACAAUGGGGGCCCUGUUACCCUUCACUGCCUAACAUGUCUUGCUUGAGGUACCCUAACAUUGAAAACUCAUUUCCAGUGGGACCAUGUGCCCUCUGGGACUGUACUAAUGUCUUUGUGCCCUGUCACCACAUUGCCUCAGCCCUGGAAGGCUUCAGAUCAGCCUGAACUUACUGGCCACAGCUGUGCUGUACCUGAAUUGGUGCCUGGGGCCAGGUAAAAAUGAAUCAUACAGAAGUUUAGGGAGGAAGCCACUUGGCUUUCUAAGAUAGACUGUUGUUCUUUUUUUAAUUGAGGUAUAGUUGACAUAUAACAUUAUAUCUAAAGUAGACUUUGAUGGUUAACGGGACCCCUGGCAGGCAUAACAGAUCAGCACUGCAGUUUGGGCUCAUCUUUUUGCAUGGGGUCCUACUGAUAAUACAUUUGCUGCAAAGAAGCAUGAGCCAAGGCCAAGGGCCAAGGGGAUGGACAGCGCAGAAGGGAGUUAACACAGUAAGCCUGAGACUGCUCUCCUUGUUUGUAAGGCUGACCCUUGGCUGGCAUCUGGGUAAUUGGAUUUUGAGUGGGUUCUCACCAUUACCUAAAUAGUAAGAAUGGCUCACUGUGCCUAAACUGUGCAGACAGUAUGGUUUAUGCUAAAUGCCUGCUUUUCUUCCAGGAAUCCAACAUUUUGGUAUGUGCCAGGCAGAGGGUGUCUACUUGGCCAGCCUAUUGGGCCAGCAGUGUAAAACCCUGGGCACUGAGCCUCUAAGGAGCUUCCCUGGCAAAUAACACUUCACACUUGCUGUCAUAACUCAUUGCUGGAGGAAUUAAGUAUUCUUUGUGUCUAUACUGCGAGAAGGCUCUGGGAAGCUUGUACCUGGUUUCCUCUGGGCUUUGUGCUAUGCACCUUUUUCUGUUUGCUGAUUUUGCUUUGUAGCCUUUUGCCGUAAUAACUUAUAGCCGGUUGUCAGUAAGACUAUAUGCUGAGUCUUGUGAGUCUCCUAACAAAUCAUCAAACUGGGGGGGGGGGGGGGGGAGGGCCACUUUGGGGACUCCCAAAACACGAACAAGGGCGACUUCUGGGGUGUUGGUAGUGUUCUCUUUCUCAGUCUGGUGUUGUUUAUGUGGGGUGGGUUCAAGUUGUGAAAAUUCAUUGAGCUGUACAGUUAUGAUAUAUACACUUUCUACAUAUCUUAAACCUCAAUAAAGAGAUUACACACCACCAGA